GAGAAAAUUCUUUUCUCCCGCGCGAAGACAAGCUCUGUUGACAAGAACUCGACAAUCUCUUUUGGAAGAUUAUUGUGAUCACAGACUUCUUCCGCACGAAGAGAAACUUGGAUAUUAUUGCAGAUUUCUCCCGCGCGAAGACAAGGUUCUGUCGACAAGAAAUUGACAGACAAGGUUCUCUUUUGGAAGAAGACAAUCUUGGAGAGUAUUGCAGACAACCGCACGAAGACAAGGUUAAGUUCUUCACUAGAUCUGAAAAAUUGGAGAGUAUUGCAAAGGAUUUUUGAAUCUUAAUAAGAAAGAAAAAUUGCAUAAGUAGGGUUCGUGCAAGGUAGAUAGCAGGGCUUUUAUUCUUUGAAGAGAGGAGAAUUUGCAUAGUUUAAUUCGUUUGAGAAGGGGAAUCCCUUUGUGUUUGAGGAGGAAAUUUCAAGCAAGCACCACCGAUCUUUGUUCGUCCGAGCAAGAGAGAAGCCAUUAAGGAGCUCACAAACUCUUUAAUUGUCCAUUCAUCUGGAAUUACUAGGUAUUUCAAUAUGGACAAAAGCUGGAUUUGCCUUCCGAGGGAUGAUCCAAACUACAUUCAAGGAGUGAAGAGUUUUAUUGAGUUUGCUUAUGCUCAUGGACCUUACAUGGGCAGAAUAUAUUGUCCAUGCAAAAAGUGUGUUAAUUGUAAAAAUCAGAAUAAAGAGGAUGUCUUAGCGCAUUUAUUAUGGAAUGGGAUUAUGUUGUCCUAUACUAAUUGGACCCUUCAUGGGGAGAGUAAGGAAAAUCCUAUGGAUGUGGAUGAUAAUAGUGCAAAUGGUGAGCUGAGUGCUGAUAUGCAUGGAAUGUUGCGAGAUGCAUUUGGAAUUCCAAACCAAGAUGAUGAAAAUGAUCAGGGACCGGAUGCUUUUGUUGAUGUUGGUUCUGGCACAAUACCCGAUGGAUAUUACAACUUGUUACGGGAUGCUGAGCAAGACUUAUAUCCGGGUUGUAAAAAGUUUACAAAGCUUUCUUUUCUGGCUAGGCUAUUUCAGAUAAAGUGCCUCUGCGGGUGGUCUAACAAGUCAUUUACGGUGCUACUUGAGUUGUUGAAAGAGGUAUUGCCAGAAGGGGAAGUGCUACCCAAUUCAUACUUUGAAACAAGGAAGAUUAUUAGAGAGUUGGGGUUUGACUAUAAGAAGAUUCAUGCAUGCCCUAAUGACUGCAUGUUAUAUUGGAAGGAAGAUGAAGCUAGGGACACUUGCAAAGUCUGUGGUGAAUCUUGGUGGGAACCCACUUCCACGUCGAAAGAUAAAAGGAAGGGAACUUCAUCCAAACACAAGAGCAAGAUUCCACGAAAGGUUUUGCGUUACUUCCCUUUAAAACCAAGGCUACAGAGGCUUUUUAUGUCAUCCAGAACUGCUUUGUCAAUGAGAUGGCAUGAGGAGGGGCGUAAGAAAGAUGGGGCAUUAAGGCAUCCUGCUGAUUCUCCAGCUUAGAAAACUUUUGAUAACACACACCCAUCAUUUGCAUCAGAACCACACAAUGUCAGGCUAGGGUUAGCAACAAAUGGUUUUUGUCCAUUUGUUUUCCCUUAUAAUUUACCCCCUUGGGAGUGCAUGAAGCAACCAUACAUCAUGCUGUGCCUACUGAUUCCUGGACCAUGUGAACCAGGGAAUGAUAUUGAUGUAUAUUUGCAGCCAUUGAUAGAAGAUUUAACUGACUUAUGGGAAAAUGGUGUGUUAACAUAUGAUGCAUCAAGGAAAAAAAUGUUCUUAUUGCAUGCGGCUAUUUUAUGGACAAUCAUUGACUUCCCUGGUUAUGCCAAUUUGUCAGGGUGGAGUACUAAAGGUGCCUUGGCAUGUCCCUCGUGUAACAAGGAUACAUGCUCAUUGUGGUUGAACAAUGGGCAUAAGUAUUGUUAUAUGGGCCAUUGUCGGUUCCUAGAUGAAGGUCAUAGGUUUCGUUCUGAUGAAACAUCAUUUGAUGGGAAUGAGGAGUGGAGGUUAGCACCUAUUCCAUUGACUGGGAAGAAUGCAUUGGAGCAGUUUGAAGGACUCCAUUUCACACUUGGAAAGGGAAUCCAAUCCAAUGUUGAGGGAGGACACCAUGGGACUGACAAAAAGAAUUUCUAUAAUUGGAAGAAAAGAAGCAUAUUUUUUGAUUUGCCAUAUUGGAAGGAUCUUUUGGUAAAGCAUAAUUUGGAUAUGAUGCACAUAGAGAAGAAUGAUUUGAAAGCUUGUCAUGACUUGCAAGCUAUGGGUAUACGGAAGGCACUUCACCCAUUUUGUGAUUCUCAAUCUGAUCGAACCUUUUUACCGGCGGCAUGCUAUACAUUGAAUAGGAAAGAGAAAACUACUUUUUGCCAAGUGCUUCAGAGUGUGAAGGUCCCUGAUGGGUAUGCAUCCAACAUCUCUCGAUUGGUGCAAGUCAAUAAUCGCAAGCUUGCGGGAUUAAAAAGCCAUGAUUUCCAUGUACUAAUGCAACAAUUGCUUCCCAUAGCCAUACGAAGAGUGUUGCCGAAGAAUGUUAGUUCAGUUUUGAUUGACCUAUGUAAGUUCUUUAGGGAUUUGUGUUCUACGGUUUCAAAGGGCCAGGAUUUUGUGAGCUUGGAUCGUAAUAUUGCAAUAAUUCUUUGCCAAUUAGAAAGGAUCUUCCCACUUGCCUUUUUUGAUAUUAUGGUACAUUUGCCCAUCCAUUUAACCGAGGAGGCUAGGUUAGCUGGACCUGUUUGAUACCGCUAGAUGUAUCCAAUAGAGAGGUAUGUUAACUUUCAUCGAGUUUACAAGUUAAUGGUUAUGUUAUUCUGUUAGUUAAGACAAUGAAGUCCUUUUUAUCUAUGGGUAGGUAUCUUCGCACAUUGAAAUCAUAUGUACGAAACAAAAGCAGGCCAGAGGGGUGCAUAGCGGAGGGAUACCUAGCUGAGGAAUGCAUGAUAUUCUGUUCAAAGUACCUUGAGGGUGUGGAAACGAGGUUGAAUCGGCCGUUAAGAGAUAAAGAAGAUAGGCCUCGUGAAACAGAAGAAGGAUUUGCAAUAUUUGCAAACAAGGGUCGUGGUAUUGGAAGUACCUCUCAUUUUGUGCCUAGAUAAGGAGACGAUGAUGAAGGCACAUUUAUAUAUUAUAACCAAUUGUGAUGCAGUUGGCCCGUACAUUCAGAAGCACUUGGAAAAGAUUCAUUGAGAACAACCUAGAGCACGGCCACAUGUAGUGCAGAGGACUCGCAAGGAGUUUUCUGAACGGUUUAGGCACCAUAUAAUGACACUACGCGUCGAAGGGAUUGAACAUGUGCCAAAUAGUUUAGAACAUUUGGCUAAUGGCCCUUGUCUAGUAGCAAAGAGAUACAAUGGGGUUAACAUAAAUGGCUACAGGUUUCAUACCAAGGAGCAUGAUGAAAACAAAAGGACUCAAAAUAGUGGCAUUGUUGUGAUUGCGAAGACACAAAGUUUUUCCUGUACCCGAGAUAAGAACCCGGUGUUGGGUGACAUUGAAUAUUAUGGCAUGCUCACCGAUAUAAUUGAGUUAAAUUAUUUUGAACACUUCAAGAUAUUGUUAUUCAAGUGUGACUGGUUUGAUGUUACUCAAGGUAGAGGAAUGAGGGUUGAUGAACUAGGAUUUACACUGGUAAAUUUCAAAGGCCGCUUACAUACAGACGAGCCAUUUGUGUUAGCAUCUCAAGCAGAACAAGUAUUCUAUGUUCAAGAUCCCAUUGAUACAGAAUGGUAUGUUGUUUCCAAGACAAAACCUAGAGAUAUAUAUAUGACAUGCAUGAAGUUAUUGGUGCAGACGAUGUUGAGAUGGAUAUACCAGAUGUGCCGUACAAUGAUAACAGCUUGGUAGAUAAUGUGUUGUUGGGUGGUGAUGACUUUAGUUGGAAUAGAUCAGAUGAACCUGCUAUAGAGGUUGAUGAGACAGAGGUCCCUAUACAAGCAAUUGCUGAUAGUAGAGGAGCUGAUAUAAACUCUGAACAUAGAAACAAAGAUAAUGUUGAAUAAGGUCUUCCACUACAAGUAUUCAUACCACUUUGGUAGAUGGCAGCUUCUUGUUUUGGCCAUCAUAUUUUUUUUUUCUUCAGUCUGUAACACAACCAGUUCUUGCAAGGGGUGGUGUAGAAAGAAUGUUUCAAGUUGCCCAGCUAUUUUUUUUUUUUUUUUUGGGAAAGCUGGACCAUUUUCAGUUGGUGGAUAUUCUUUUUGUAUAUGGGCCGAUGUAUAUGCCAUCAUUGUUUAGUGGUUGAUGUAUAAUUUUUUUUUGAAUAGCUUCAGCAAUAUUAUGAGAAAAGAAAUCAAAGAUGCUAACUCAAAACAUUCAGAAACAAGGAACCCAAAGAUCUAAUCAUAUUGAAUAAAAUUUCCAACUCUGUAUAUCUGUACAUAAACCAUGCUGCAAAUAACUAUAAAAGCUGAAACAUCAAAUUAGGGAAGCUGGGUUGAUGAAUAAAAGCUGCAACAGAGCCCCAGUAGCAUCAUCAUCAAAUUAGGGAAGUUGGUUCAUGGCAUUCAUUUUUCCAUCCUUUGUGUUGCCCAGUUUGCAAAUUAUCUAGUUGAUUCUCUCACGAGAGACAGAGGGAGAAGAAAGUAUAACAGAUAAGACGACAGGUCUUGUACUGGGGAUUUCAUCCCUCAGAUUAGAGGAGGGUUUUGGGAAUGGGACACUGGAAUACUGUAUCAUAUGGGGGUGAGUAGCACAGGUCUAGCUUUUCUUCUUCAUUAUUAUUGGGGAAGAUGAUGCUUCACCUUUUAACUCUUAUUAUCUUAUUCUUCUUUAAACAAAAAUUCUGAUCAUUACCAAUAAAAAGGGAUAAACAGUAUCCUUUUCAAGAAAAAUGGCUUUGAGCAUUGUACAAAAAAGUAAGGUACAGCUGUAAUACUUCUUAUUUUGGGUAGGUAGUUGGUCCGACCUAUAAUUGGGGUUGUUGGGCUUUAAUAGAGUUGUCACCUGUCAAUGGGAUCAGGUUUGGUUUGAGUCAGCAUGGAAUGGUCCUGACUCAUUUAUAAUUGGGACAUCAUUUUCUAUUGCAGCCUUCUCCCAAUUGGUAUAAAACUACCAAAAAUGACCCAGUAUUCACCUGAAUCUGACUCAUAUUGAGGAGAUCAAUAAAUAAUAAGGUCUAGCACCUGAGUUCUACAUUGAAAUAUUGAAAAAAAACAUAGCAAAAGAGUUGCUCACUGAGUUCUAGAUUGCUUUUCAAGCAUUUGAUUAAGAUCGAACACAGGAGAGGAUUAACUAUUCAACUUUCAGCAACUAAAGCUUCAUUCAAAUUGGAACAUCAGCCAAAUCCAAGAGGGAUUCUUUGAGUUGGUUUUAUAAAUCCUGCAAGUUGGUUAAUAACAAGUUCAAACUCUUUUCAUUUAAGUGAAGACUUCAGAGGUGUGGCACUUGCCUGAUGAGCCUAUGUUUUGUCCAUCGUUUGACUUAUUUUGAUUUUACAUUUGUUUUCAUAUAUCCAGACGGACAAAACUUCCCAUCUGUUAAGUCCUCAUCUUUGUCUGUUAGCAUGUGGCAUAAUGUGCUGUUUAAGAGAGUUAGAGAGGGAGAGCUAUUUCAGAUGUGAUGUUCCUCUGUUGAGCCCUUCAAAAUUCAUAGUUCUGAUUGCAAUCCCUGAUGGUAGACAGCAGACAACAUUUAGUAAACUAGAACUCAGGUUUUAAAUUCCACUUUGGUCCUAGCUAUCCGGGGUCUUAGGAGGGGUCGACCAGAUAAGGACCAAAUCCUUGGCAUUUUUUGCCGAAGUGGCUUCUAUUAGAUUCAAAUAUGCUUCUCCAUGCUUGUCAGUGAAAUUUUACCAUUGUAUCAAGCACUGGCCCCUUUAACUGCUACAUUACAUGUAAACAUGAUUAAAACACCACAAGCAGUGACAAAAUACAAUACAAACUUAUACAUGAAAUCCCAGGACCAAGUCCAGUUUAUCCCUUCAGAUAUUCAGCUCAGAUAUAGAGCUAACUCUUACUCCUUUGAGAGUUACAACCAAGGAGACCUCUCUGACAGUUUGAACCUCUUACGGAAGAAUUUUCCUACCUCCAGAUGGAGUUCCUCUGCCCAGCUAAAGUUUGCCAUUCCAAGAACUAUUUUCUACACUCAAGGUGGCUCCUCUUACCAGCUUAUGACUAUACUCAAGAUGUUCCCAAUGUACAGCUGUAGUAUCUUGUGGGUAGGAGAUCUGAAUUGAAUCAUACCCUGCCUUAGGGAGUGAUUGUAUUCAGUUUCCUAAUAAAAAUUAAGGAAACUGAAUGUUUUAAGUAAMCCUUUCUGAUUUUCUUUAUUUUUUAAAAUAAAAAGCCUUAAAAUUCUCAUGGGGUUGAGAAGCAAAAGAGAACAAGCUGAUGUGGAAAUAAUGGACUUAUUGUUUCCUUAAUGUCUAUGGCUGGAAUUGUAUUGAUUAUUUAUUGUUUCAGUUCAGCCAUUUCGGCUGUUAAUAAAUGGCUCCUUAUACCUAAAAUGCCAAGUGACCAUCUCAAUUACUGGGUCAUUGGCUGUGAGUAAUCUCAGUGACCCAACCCACUGAUUUCUACCUUGAAUAGAAAUACUUGUUACGCAAGUAACUUGUUUGGUGUUAAUGUAGAACUUGUUUUUAAUUUGUACCACAAAAAUGUCCCUGGAAAGAGGUUUCUCCCUCAUAGUUAUAUCGAUUGGCCAGGUAUAGAUAUAAUAGAGAUUGUAGACCACAAAGAUUCACCCUAAUUUUACAUCCUAAAAUAAUAAAAAGAAAAAGCAAAUAAAAUCUGCAUUCUUAACACUAAUGAAGAAUCAUAACUAGAAACUCAUGUAGAUGACUCAUUAGCAUCAGCCAUGUAAAUUGCAGCCAAAGACGCAUAAACACCAUCUUUGGUAUUGACUAAUUCUGUCAUUUCARUAUUCUUUUCUUCCCCAGAGUCUAGCAUCACUUCUUUGCAGGCUUUGAGGAGACACUUUUGAUCUCAGAAUUGUUAGACUAAGCCGAACCAGAAUCAACUUCCUGAGCAGCUAUACCAAUAUGUUAUUAUCAAGUUCCUCUGUGCAUAGAAAAUAUUCCCCAUGUGAUCCCAUACCAUGUGAAUACAGAGUAGUUUCUUAAAAUGUCGGUUAAGUUGUAUUCCAUUUUCAAGACCUGAAAAUGGAAGUCAAAGAUCUGGAGAGGAUGGUUAUAGCUAAACCUGUUGCUUCAAGACCUUCUUGUUCCAGUUUCAGGUCCUUCUCAAAGCUUCUUGCAGGUGCAAUUAAUGCCUCACCCCCUGGUGCAUAUAAUGAAACAGUAGUUGCUGCCAUUAGAUCCAAGACUGAGAUUCAAGCCAGUGGCAAAUCAUGAUCCGGAUGGGAUGACUUCAUCCCAGGUGGGCAUUUUAGUUUAUGGGCUUUGUUUUUGGAUGCUGUUUCGUAUCAAGAACAGGGAAAUUCUGGUAAUAGUGGUCAUGAGACUCCUGAUAAUUCUUCUGGCUUUAGUGGGGGUUGCAAGGAAGGAAGCAAAGGAAUGGAUGCAGAGGACAAUGAACUAAGAUGUAAGCGAAGGAAGACUGAGUCCCAAUCCAAUGAAGUCAGUAUACCAGGGGGAAGUGCACAAGAUCCUCAGUGCUAAGAAUUUAGAUUGUCCAAGAACACUGAAGUCAGAAGGUUUUUCCUACAAAUGCCUUGUACUGAAGAUAGAACCGGGGUCAUGGAGAGGAUUUGCAUUGGAAGAUAUAUUACAUUAUUCAAGAAGUUUUUUUUUAAAUGCCUUGUACUUUUUUAU